CUCCUCCUGUUCCUUCUCCUCCUCGUCCGCCCUCCUCCUCCUGCUGCCGGGUCCGGGGACCGGCGGCGGCGGGCUGGCCAUGGCGGCCCUCCGCAAGAAGCUGGUGGUGGUGGGCGACGGCGCCUGCGGCAAGACGUGCCUGCUGAUCGUGUUCAGCAAGGACGAGUUCCCCGAGGUGUACGUGCCCACCGUGUUCGAGAACUACGUGGCCGACAUCGAGGUGGACGGCAAGCAGGUGGAGCUGGCCCUGUGGGACACGGCCGGCCAGGAGGACUACGACCGGCUCCGGCCCCUGUCCUACCCGGACACCGACGUCAUCCUCAUGUGCUUCUCCGUCGACAGCCCGGACUCGCUGGAGAACAUCCCGGAGAAGUGGGUGCCCGAGGUCAAGCACUUCUGCCCCAACGUGCCCAUCAUCCUGGUGGCCAACAAGAAGGACCUGCGCCACGACGACCACGUGCGCGGCGAGCUGGCCCGCAUGAAGCAGGAGCCCGUGCGCACCGAGGACGGCCGGGCCAUGGCCCUGCGCGUCCAGGCCCACGACUACCUCGAGUGCUCCGCCAAGACCAAGGACGGCGUCAGGGAGGUCUUCGAGACGGCCACCCGCGCCGCCCUGCAGAAGCGCCACGGCGCCCAGACCGGCUGCGCCAACUGCUGCAAGCUGCUCUGAGCCCCGGGGGACACCGAGGCCCCGAGGCCCCGAGGCCCCCUCGGCGGGCGGUUGGGACGGCGCACCCCACGAAGAGGACC